CCCGGCGCGGCGGGUGCUGGAGCAGGGGGUUGGGGAGCAGGAUGAGGCCGCGCCGGGGGGUGCUGGCGUCGCUUCUGCUGCUGCUGGGGUCGGCCAAAGCCACCGCGCCGACGCCGGAUGGACCCACGGCGGCGUCCGUCCCGCCGGCGGUGGCUUACGGCGACGUCGUCUCGGCGGCCGUGGAGCUGCUCAACGCCAGGUCCGUCAGUCCUUACGUCCUGCGGCUCCGGGAGGCCCAGCCCCGGCCCGGCUGGCCCGCGGGACUGCAGCACCGGCAGGAGCUGAGCUUCACCGUCGAGGAGACCUCAUGCCGAGCCCCGGGGACGGCCACCGCCGCCUGCAAGAGCCGCUGGCUCGGGGCGGUGAGUUGGUGCCGGGGCUUCGUCUUCCUCGAGCAGCAGCAGCCCACGGUCGAGCUGUCCUGCGACAAGGUGCCCAACGCGUUCGGCCGUUUCGGGAAAUCCAGACUCUCGGAUUUUUUCACCCGGAUCAAGGAGCGUUUCGGGGGUUUCAUCCAGUGCGGCAAGAUCUGGAUCCGGGACAAACUCGACCUCAACCCCCCCAAACCCUGAGCGGGUGACACCGUGUGUGUGUGUGUGUGUCCCCCCCCCCCAGCUCUCCCUGUGCCCCCCGCCCGGGCGCUCUGCUUAAAAUAAACAUUCCCCGCCGCGC